AUGGUCAGAGAGGAACAGCAUGGCGCAGCAGAGACUAGAAUUGAAGAGAUUGGAGAGGAGCAGUAUAGCGAAGUAGAGACGCGAAAUGACCAGGGUAGUGAAGAUCUUAGAACAGACCAGGAGCCAAAUGAAGAAUCAACAGGAGAGCUGCCGCUCUACUUUUACGGGAAGAAUAGGUACAAAUGGGCAUCGGCGGAACCAUCCCGAACAAGUCAAAUACGCGCGCACAAUAUUGUAAAUACACCAUCUCAAGUAAUUACGAUUGAAUUUGAAUCUUUCACGGAAUUAUGGAAACUGAUGUUUAGUGAUCACAUGAUUGAAAUGAUGAUUAAAUGA